AUGUUUGCCCAGAGAUUUGAACCAGGACAGGAGGUUGCGGGGGGUCAAGGCGGUGUCGACAAGUUACAGUUGCUGAAGAGCAGGGUUGGACCGCUAAAGAGAAGGCGUGGUGGUGCGCAAGUGAGGGAUCAGCGGGGCAAGGAGGAGUCUGAGGAUGGGGAAGGUUUAGAAGAAUCCGAGGACGACCCUUCAGAGUCGUCAGAUUUUUCAGAGAUCGAGGUCGAUGAGGUCGAUGAGGUUGAAGUCGAUGAGGUUGAAGUCGAUGAGGUUGAAGUCGACGGUUCCGCCUCCCGCAAGCACGGAUCAGUGCUCUCACGGUUCCAGAAUUCCGUAGUGCUGCAGGAUCAAGCUACAACGGUGGUACCCACCGAAAACAGUGAAGAUGCUUCUGCCGCCGCUGUUACUGAAGAUACCACACUGCACCCACUAGAAAACAUACCACAGCCGGCUAUCGUCAGACCAACGUUGAAACCGGAAAUUACCUCCGCACACCACAAGUCCCUCGCGUUCGUCAACACUACAAAAGUCAUAUACGACAACUCAAUGGUUAAACCAUACUCCCAAUACUCCGAUCUCUUGAACGACAAACUGCUUCAAAACAUCGCAGAGAACUACUCACAGGAGACGUUCCCGAUCCAAACAGCUAUACUGGACACAAUUCUACCAACGAUAAACACCACGUACAAAAUCACAAAGCGGAACUUCACAAGAAGAGUUGGAGACGUGCUUGUUAACGCAGCUACAGGGUCAGGAAAAACACUCAGUUACACAAUCCCCUUAGUGCAGACUCUCAGCUCCAGAACGGUCAACAGACUCCGUGCACUCAUCCUCGUCCCAACAAAACCGCUUAUCCACCAAGUGUACGAUACACUGACAAAACUGAUCAAAGGUACAAACAUCAUCGUCAGCUUCUCCAAAUUGGAAAAUUCGCUGAGAGAAGAACACCAGAAACUAAUCAACUCAGAACCAGACAUCCUCAUUGUCACUCCGGGCAGACUCGUAGACCACAUCAAUUUGAAAUCCAUCUCCUUGCGCAACUUAAAAUUCCUAGUCCUAGAUGAAGCGGACAGAUUGCUUAACCAGUCUUUCCAAAACUGGUGUCAUGAACUCAUGCAACAACUGGACACAGAGAAGCAAAACGUCGACCCAAUGCCAGGGAACGUCAUCAAAAUGGUCUUCAGUGCUACAUUGACUACAAACACGGCAAAAUUGCACGACCUCAAACUGUACAAUCCAAGACUGUUCGUCACAGACUCAGUCAAACUGUACAAUCUGCCACCAACGUUGCAAGAAUACAACAUUCACAUCCCAACGGCCAAGUCCCUGUACAAACCUCUGUUCCUAUUGAGACUGUUGCAGUUAAAGACCACCACUGAGGGUGAAGAGAAGCAACGGGCAAAGGUCCUCGUGUUCGUCAAAUCCAACCAAAACUCUCUCAGACUCGCAUCACUACUGCAAAUUUUGAACAAGGAAGGAGACAUGACUGUCCACUCGAUCAACUCAAACAACUCAAAGGUGGAUAACAAAAGAUUGCUAGCCGAGUUCUCCAGGGAGACAGCAUCCUCAACCCAGGUGCUGAUCACCACGGACCUGAUGUCCAGAGGUAUAGACAUCAACAACAUUACAGACGUCGUGAACUACGACGUCCCCUUGUCUUCUCAACAGUACGUGCAUCGGUGUGGGAGAACCGCAAGAGCAAACGCUGCAGGGUUCGCGUACAAUUUGCUCGUCGGGAAAGGUGAACGCAAUUUCUGGAGCAAACACAUAGACGAGGAUAUUAGCAGAGACGUCAGCGGGAAACAUGUAGAGGUCUCCGAGGUCGUCAGUACUGACGUGGCCGGGGAUGACGAAGCAGAGUAUAAGGACUGUCUCUCAUCCCUUCGGGGACAAGUGGACGGUGUUAAACAGGACUAG